CUAGUCAUCGCAAACAAAAUGGUUUCAGCGAUACGUUUGCCACGUCAAGUUCACAACUGGUUUAUUAUUUAAUUUUUGAGUGUGUAGGUCAAAGAUGGUCGGGUAGGAAAGUUUACUAUCAUGUUGUUCCAAGCUGCUACAUUUUCUUAAAGACACAUUUUGUGUGAACAUAACCAACAAACAUGUUAACAAAGCCUUCUCGCAUCAUUGCUCUCUGCUCAGUGGCUAAUUUCAUCAAUUCAGCCGAUAGGGUAAUCAUGCCUAUUGCCAUUGUAUCAAUGGCCCAAGAAUUCAAAUGGGAUUUACACCAACAAGGAUGGGUACUGAGUUCAUUUGCUGUUGGAUACAUGAGUAGUCAGAUUCUUGGAGGAAGUGCUUCAAAAAAAUAUGGUGGAAAAAAAAUCUUAAGUCUUGCUGUGAUUUUAUGGUCUUUGUCAACAUUUUUGGUGCCAUUGUUUUCCCAUUCACUGUAUACACUAAUAUUCUCCAGAGUUAUACUUGGUCUCGGUGAAGGAUUGGGGCUGCCCACUAUUUUUCACAUAUUUUCUCAUGCAAUACCUUGUGAGGAAAGAUCAAGAGCUUUUGGUUAUCUUGUAGCAUUUGGCUCUAUAGGACAAACUGUUGCUUCACUGGUCUGUCCCCAUCUACCUUGGCCAUGGAUGUUCUACCUGUUUGGUCUGAUGGGUUUUGUCUGGGUGGGUGUCUGGUACUUCAUGUACGCAGAGGCCAGGGGUAUUUUAGAGGAGGAAUUUGUCGAUCCCCCAAAGGUGAGUAAUUCCAAUGUGAGGUGGAUGGAGUUUAUCACACACUGGCCGCUGUGGUCCAUCUACAUAGCCCACUUCAGCAUGAACUGGUCCAACUAUAUUAUCAUGCAGUGGCUGCCCACAUAUUUAUCAUCCACACUUGGCGCUAACCAGUCACAUAUGAUGUCCACUGCUGUGCCUUAUAUCAUGAACUCUCUUGUUAGUGUUGUGGCUGCCCAUUUUGCUGAUGCAUUGAUAGGCCACAAGUGGACAGUUCUGUCUGUGCGUCGCCUCAUGACAUCUAUAGGCUUGCUUGGACCUGGGCUUUUUAUUUUAUUCUUCAGUGCUGUCUACAACCUGCCAUUAGCUGUCUUUUUUGUGUCCAUCUCCCUGGGGCUAAGUGCGUGCAACUCCUCCGGUCACCUAAGCAACCACGCGGAGGUUGCGCCUAACCACGCUGGAAUUACCUUUGCUAUUUCAAAUACUCUUGCCACCAUUCCAGGCAUCUUGUGUGGACCCCUGACUGCUGAACUGGUGACCCAGUCCCAUGGGAGGUGGCUGCCUGUGUUUGUCAUUGCUGCCGGGGUAAACUUUGUGGGUGCCGUCAUCUACUUGAGCCAGAGUGCUGCCAGUCAGGUCUUGUGAUAGAGCAGCUCUUGAAGGUUUGAUUCACUGAAUCCAGAGUGCUGACAGUCAGGUCUUGUGAUAGAGCAGCUCUUGAAGGUUUGAUUCACUGAAUCCAGAGUGCUGCCAGUCAGGUGAUAGAGCAGCUCUUGAAGGUUUGAUUCACUGAAUCCAGAGUGGUGCCAGUCAGGUCUUGUGAUAGAGCAGCUCUUGAAGGUUUGAUUCACUGAAUCCAGAGUGCUGCCAGUCAGGUCUUGUGAUAGAGCAGCUCUUGAAGGUUUGAUUCACUGAAUCCAGAGUGCUGACAGUCAGGUGAUAGAGCAGCUCUUGAAGGUUUGAUUCACUGAAUCCAGAGUGCUGCCAGUCAGGUCUUGUGAUAGAGCAGCUCUUGAAGGUUUGAUUCACUGAAUCCAGAGUGCUGACAGUCAGGUGAUAGAGCAGCUCUUGAAGGUUUGAUUCACUGAAUCCAGAGUGCUGCCAGUCAGGUCUUGUGAUAGAGCAGCUCUUGAAGGUUUGAUUCACUGAAUCCAGAGUGCUGACAGUCAGGUGAUAGAGCAGCUCUUGAAGGUUUGAUUCACUGAAUCCAGAGUGCUGCCAGUCAGGUGAUAGAGCAGCUCUUGAAGGUUUGAUUCACUGAAUCCAGAGUGCUGCCAGUCAGGUCUUGUGAUAGAGCAGCUCUUGAAGGUAUCAGCACAUCAACACCAGUAGUGCAAUGUUUACAUUCAGUGUUUGACAAAUAGAAGUUGUGCACUCUUCAUUUUUUUUUCCAAUUCAUGGGCUAGUAAAGGGAUUCAUUACACACAGUGGGUAAACAGCUUGUGUUCUUAAUGUGUGAUAAUAGGUCAUGGUCAUGUUUCAUCAUUGCUCAUAUGUCCAAUCUGUUGGCUAUACAUCGGGGCUUGUGGUGGCCAUUGGCCAAUGUAUAGCCAGUUUGUUGGCUGUACAGCUGGGCUUGUGGUGGCCUUUGGCCAAUGUAUGGCCAGUUGCUUGUGGGGUGGCCAACAGUAGAAAAAGGGUAAACAAAUAUUGAGCAGGAACCACUAACCUUCUGAUGGCAAUUACUCAACUACUCUUGUACAAGAACAAUGAUGGGCAAUUACUCAACUACUCUUGUACAAGAACAAUGAUGGGCAAUUACUCAACUACUCUUGUACAUGAACAAUGAUGGGCAAUUACUCAACUACUCUUGUACAAGAACAAUGAUGGGCAAUUACUCAACUACUCUUGUACAAGAACAAUGAUGGGCAAUUACUCAACUACUCUUGUACAUGAACAAUGAUGGGCAAUUACUCAACUACUCUUGUACAUGAACAAUGAUGGGCAAUUACUCUUGUACAUGAACAAUGAUGGGCAAUUACUCAACUACUCUUGUACAAGAACAAUGAUGGGCAAUUACUCUUGUACAUGAACAAUGAUGGGCAAUUACUCAACUACUCUUGUACAUGAACAAUGAUGGGCAAUUACUCUUGUACAUGAACAAUGAUUAAGUUAUUGAUUUUUAAGUUUUUCUGUUCCCAGGUAUCAUGUGACUAAAUGAUUCCAAUGUAAAUAUAUGAUUCAAUAUAUGAGACAUGGUUUUUUUAAAGUUUUACAGUCAUGUGACUUUGACAAAUUGUUGUCAUUUGAUCAUUAAUUUUCUUUAAAUAUCUUUAAAUAAAAAUAGUUUUAAAAUACAGUUUGAAUUUCUUAACCUCAAGGAUCUUUUCUUGUAGUGUGAACUUAGCUCAAGGAUCUUUUCUUGUAGUGUGAACUUAACUCAAGGAUCUUUUCUUGUAGUGUGACUUAUCAAGGAUCUUUUCUUGUAGUGUGAACUUAACUCAAGGAUCUUUUCUUGUAGUGUGACUUAUCAAGGAUCUUUUCUUGUAGUGUGAACUUAACUCAAGGAUCUUUUCUUGUAGUGUGACUUAUCAAGGAUCUUUUCUUGUAGUGUGACUUAUCAAGGAUCUUUUCUUGUAGUGUGAACUUAACUCAAGGAUCUUUUCAUGUAGUGUGAACUUAACUCAAGAAUCCUUUCUUGUAGUGUGAACUAAUGGGACUCGAGUUUCUCCUGUAAAAAGUUGGCCAGUCUAUUACACGCAGUGGCUCUACUAGGUCUGUUGGAACUGACCAAUAGUUGCUUGUUGGAAAAUUGAUAGCCUCUAGUUUCUUACUGUUUAUAUCAAACCUUUUUUCCAUUUCACUUCUGCAAUUUUGUAAUAAAAAGGCCAUUAGACAUUUGUAACUAUUUAAUUAGUUACACAACAACCUUAACUACAGUUGUUAACGGUUAACCUUGCGACAGUUAGAGUGGUGGAAAGUUAGGACAUUUUGUCACAUGUUGUCACACACAAGGUCUAUGAUAGAUGUACGAGGUCUAUGAUAAAUGUACGAGGUCUAUGAUAGAUGUACGAGGUCUAUGAUAGACAUACGUAGUCUAUUAUAGAUGUACGAGGGCUAUGAUAGACAUACGUGGUCUAUUAUAGAUGUAGGUGGUCUAUGUUAGAUGUACGAGGUCUAUGAUAGAUGUACGAGGUCUAUGAUAGACAUACGUGGUCUAUGAUAGAUGUAUGAGGUCUAUGAUAGACAUACGUAGUCUAUUAUAGAUGUACGAGGUCUAUGAUAGAUAUACGUGGUCUAUUAUAGAUGUAGGUGGUCUAUGAUAGAUGUACGAGGUCUAUGAUUGAUGUAUGUGGAUGGAAUAGUUUAUGUUAAUCAUUUAGUUAAAAAAAAUGAGGUUAAUCAAAGCGUUGUAAUUUUUGUGAAAAUUUCAAAUUAAUUAAUGUACUUGUGACAAUAUCUUAACAGCUUGUUUUUUAUGGACUGUCUUGUAGAUGUUUUAUUGGACUAUCUUGUAGAUGUUUUAUUGGACUGUCUUGUAGAUGUUUUAUUGGACUGUCUUGUAGAUGUUUUAUUGGACUGUCUUGUAGAUGUUUUAUUGGACUGUCUUGUUAGACCCCAAGAUUUUGUAAAACUAUAGUUGCAUCAAAUACAUACGCCAGUUGUGCUAUUGUUGCAGUCAAAUAUGUACGCCAGUUGUGCUUAGGCAAGUUUUUUGUCGUAUCUCCCCAACUUUAUUUUCUUCUCUCAUUUUUAACAUUGCCUUAUGUUUUUGGUACUUCUAAUACUUGAAGAUUAUCUUCAAUUGUAAGACAUGAGACAGUGUCAGUAAGACAUGAGAUACAUCAGACAGUGUCAGUAAGACAUGAGACACAUGAGACAGUGUCAGUAAGACAUGAGACACAUGAGACAGUGUCAGUAAGACUUGAGACAGUGUCAGUAAGACAUGAAACAGUGUCAGUAAGACAUGAGACAGUGUCAGUAAGACAUGAGACACAUGAGACAGUGUCAGUAAGACUUGAGACAGUGUCAGUAAGACUUGAGACAGUGUCAGUAAGACAUGAGACAGUGUCAGUAAGACAUGAGACAGUGUCAGUAAGACAUGAGACAGUGUCAGUAAGACUUGAGACAGUGUCAGUAAGACAUGAGACACAUGAGACAGUGUCAGUAAGACAUGAGACACAUGAGACAGUGUCAGUAAGACAUGAGACACAUGAGACAGUGUCAGUAAGACAUGAGACAGUGUCAGUAAGACAUGAGACACAUGAGACAGUGUCAGUAAGACAUGAGACAGUGUCAGUAAGACAUGAAACACAUGAGACAGUGUCAGUAUUAUUGUUUAUGGGCCAUGACAGACAUGUAGUGUUGAAAUAUCCAGCUCCUAACCCCAUUGAUUAGUGGGCUACUUGAUUAGUGGUCCACUCGAUCAGUGGGCCACUUGAUUAGUGGUCCACUGAAUUUGUGGGCUACUCGAUCAGUGGGCCAAUUGAUUAGUGGGCCAAUUGAUUAGUGGGCCACUGAAUUUGUGGGCUACUUGAUUAGUGGGCCGCUUGAUUAGUGGUCCGCUUGAUUAGUGGGCUACUUGAUUAGUGGUCCACUUGAUUAGUGGGCUACUAUAUUAGUGGGGCACUUGAUUAGUGGGCUACUCGAUUAGUGGGCCAAUAGAUUAGUGGGCCACUUGAUUAGUGGGCCACUUGAUUAGUGGGCUGCGGUGGAUCUAAAAGUCAGCAGUGUGAGCUGUAACUGGGCUAUCAACUUUGGUGAAAUGUUGCAGUGCUGGUGUCUUCCUUUCAAUGAUGUUGUAGAUAAUCUUCAUGUGUUUUCACAUGGUAUUGUUUCAUUACUAUCUAGAUUGAUGAUGUAAAUAGAGAAUGUUUUUUUUUUUUUUCAGAACAAUCUUAAUUGAUCUUGUCAACUUGUUAAAAUGAUAACCAUGUAAAAUUAAAAUAUGUCCAAUUGUAAUUUGUUAUAAAAGAUCAACUAUUCUGAACAAAUUAUUGUAUCAUUAAUCAUUGUACAUAGGCAUACCUGUUGCACAGGACAUUUUGAAUUAGUGAGGGUUGGCCUAGUUGUAAGUUGUAUUGAUUUAUUUCUUGAGGGUUGGGCUAGCUCAUAGUUGUACUGAUUUAGUGAGGGUUGGCCUAGCUGUGACUUGAGUGCCUUGUUUUUGUAUGACUUUCACAUAUUUCAUACAUCUUGUAUGACUUCCACAUAUUUCAUACAUCUUGUAUGACUUUCACAUAUUUCAUACAUCUUGUAUGACUUCCACAUAUUUCAUACAUCUUGUAUGACUUUCACAUAUUUCAUACAUCUUGUAUGACUUCCACAUAUUUCAUACAUCUUGUAUGACUUGCACAUAUUUCAUACAUCUUGAUGAAUGCAUCAACACUGAACAUAUACAACUUGUGCAGUGAGGCACAAUUUAAAAAAAUGUUUUAGAAUCUCAAAUUUUAUAAACCAAGGCAACUUAAAGUAAUGAGCCAAUGAAACUUAUUCAUUUAUUGUCCCCCUCCCCCCUGUUUAGUUAUCUACUAAGUGUAUAGAUACUCUAAACAUAUCACUUGUGUGCUUAUCAAGGAGAAUCAAAAAGUUGCAAUCAACACAGGUGAAUUAAUUAGGGUACUGGCUCGUUACUGUUGUUCCAGUGUAGUUGUAUUGGAGUCUUGUUUUAGUGCCAAUGUGUUGGCCUCUUUUAUUGGACUUGUAGUAAACAAUAAAUACACACUUUGUUUUAAUUUGAUGAGAGAAGCUUAGUGAGAGAUGACAUGAUGAUAUUAAAACCUUUCUGAUUGUGUCUGUUAUUUGAAGAGCUACAGUAAAUGUCUUGUGAUGCAAACACCCACCCUUGACUCAUGUAAAUAAACCCGUGUUGUAUCAAAUAUGUACAUAUAUUUAACCACUGAUGUGAAAUAAACAUUUCUAC